CAGGCCCGCCGGGGGAGCUGCUGCGGAGGCCGCUCUCGGAGGAGGAUCUUUACCUGCCUUUCAGGAAAGUGCUUCCCCAGCUCGCCGCGCACACUCCCACCCCUCUCCCCUCUUUCUAGGCACCGCGCGGCUUUUUUCGGCGAAGUAACUUUUGCAUUCCCGCCUCCCCCGAGUCCUGGGGACCAGAGGCGGUGCCGAGCCUGGGGGCGGUUCCUUGGCAGCGUUGAUUCUUGUCAGAGCCAGACUUUUGCUCCUGGGCUUGCUUUGCAUCCUCCCCAUCACACCCUCAGGAGAGACGAGCCAGCCCCCUUUCAGCCGCAGCUUCCGGCUCAAAGCAGACCCCCUCCCCCCAUCCCAGGCCCGGUCCCCUUCUCCUGUCCCUCUGUCGGCCACAGCAUUUUUCUUAGUCCUCGCCCUCUACUCCGCAAUAUUUUCUUUCUUUCUCCUUCCUCCCCUCCAUUUGUUGUUUUAUGUUUCCCACUCUUUGAGGAAGGAUGGUUGAUUUGGAGAGCGAAGUCCCCCCUCUGCCUCCCAGGUACAGGUUUCGCGAUUUGCUGCUAGGGGACCAAGGAUGGCAAAACGACGACAGGGUACAAGUUGAAUUUUAUAUGAACGAAAACACAUUUAAAGAGAGACUAAAGUUAUUUUUUAUUAAAAACCAGAGAUCAAGUCUAAGAAUACGUCUGUUCAAUUUUUCUCUAAAAUUAUUAAGCUGUUUAUUAUACAUAAUCCGAGUGCUUCUCGAAAACCCUUCACAAGGAAAUGAAUGGUCUCAUAUCUUUUGGGUGAACAGAAGUCUACCUUUAUGGGGCUUACAGGUUUCAGUGGCAUUGAUAAGUCUAUUUGAAACAAUACUACUUGGUUAUCUCAGUUAUAAGGGAAACAUCUGGGAACAGAUUUUACGAAUACCCUUCAUCUUGGAAAUAAUUAAUGCCGUUCCCUUCAUUAUCUCAAUUUUCUGGCCUUCCUUAAGGAAUCUGUUUGUUCCAGUCUUUCUAAACUGUUGGCUUGCCAAACAUGCCUUGGAAAAUAUGAUUAAUGAUCUACACAGAGCCAUUCAGCGUACACAGUCUGCAAUGUUUAAUCAAGUUUUGAUUUUAAUAUCUACAUUACUAUGCCUUAUCUUCACCUGCAUUUGUGGAAUCCAGCAUCUGGAACGAAUAGGAAAGAAGCUCAAUCUCUUUGACUCUCUUUACUUCUGUAUUGUGACCUUUUCUACCGUGGGCUUCGGCGAUGUCACUCCCGAAACGUGGUCCUCCAAGCUCUUUGUCGUUGCAAUGAUCUGUGUUGCUCUUGUGGUUCUGCCUAUACAGUUUGAACAGCUGGCCUAUUUGUGGAUGGAGAGACAAAAGUCAGGUGGAAACUACAGUCGACACAGAGCUCAAACUGAAAAGCACGUUGUCCUGUGUGUCAGCUCACUGAAGAUUGAUUUGCUUAUGGACUUUUUAAAUGAAUUCUAUGCUCAUCCGAGACUACAGGAUUACUACGUGGUGAUUUUGUGUCCUACUGAAAUGGAUGUGCAGGUUCGAAGGGUACUACAGAUUCCAAUGUGGUCUCAAAGAGUCAUCUACCUUCAAGGAUCAGCCCUGAAAGAUCAGGAUCUCUUGAGAGCUAAGAUGGAUGAUGCUGAGGCCUGUUUCAUUCUGAGCAGCCGUUGUGAAGUGGAUAGGACAUCAUCCGACCACCAAACAAUUUUGAGAGCAUGGGCUGUAAAAGAUUUUGCUCCAAAUUGUCCUCUGUAUGUCCAGAUAUUAAAGCCUGAAAAUAAAUUCCACAUCAAAUUCGCUGAUCAUGUUGUCUGUGAAGAAGAAUUUAAAUACGCCAUGUUAGCUUUAAACUGCAUAUGCCCAGCAACAUCUACCCUUAUUACACUACUGGUUCAUACCUCUAGAGGGCAGGUACAAGUUGAAUUUUAUAUGAACGAAAACACAUUUAAAGAGAGACUAAAGUUAUUUUUUAUUAAAAACCAGAGAUCAAGUCUAAGAAUACGUCUGUUCAAUUUUUCUCUAAAAUUAUUAAGCUGUUUAUUAUACAUAAUCCGAGUGCUUCUCGAAAACCCUUCACAAGGAAAUGAAUGGUCUCAUAUCUUUUGGGUGAACAGAAGUCUACCUUUAUGGGGCUUACAGGUUUCAGUGGCAUUGAUAAGUCUAUUUGAAACAAUACUACUUGGUUAUCUCAGUUAUAAGGGAAACAUCUGGGAACAGAUUUUACGAAUACCCUUCAUCUUGGAAAUAAUUAAUGCCGUUCCCUUCAUUAUCUCAAUUUUCUGGCCUUCCUUAAGGAAUCUGUUUGUUCCAGUCUUUCUAAACUGUUGGCUUGCCAAACAUGCCUUGGAAAAUAUGAUUAAUGAUCUACACAGAGCCAUUCAGCGUACACAGUCUGCAAUGUUUAAUCAAGUUUUGAUUUUAAUAUCUACAUUACUAUGCCUUAUCUUCACCUGCAUUUGUGGAAUCCAGCAUCUGGAACGAAUAGGAAAGAAGCUCAAUCUCUUUGACUCUCUUUACUUCUGUAUUGUGACCUUUUCUACCGUGGGCUUCGGCGAUGUCACUCCCGAAACGUGGUCCUCCAAGCUCUUUGUCGUUGCAAUGAUCUGUGUUGCUCUUGUGGUUCUGCCUAUACAGUUUGAACAGCUGGCCUAUUUGUGGAUGGAGAGACAAAAGUCAGGUGGAAACUACAGUCGACACAGAGCUCAAACUGAAAAGCACGUUGUCCUGUGUGUCAGCUCACUGAAGAUUGAUUUGCUUAUGGACUUUUUAAAUGAAUUCUAUGCUCAUCCGAGACUACAGGAUUACUACGUGGUGAUUUUGUGUCCUACUGAAAUGGAUGUGCAGGUUCGAAGGGUACUACAGAUUCCAAUGUGGUCUCAAAGAGUCAUCUACCUUCAAGGAUCAGCCCUGAAAGAUCAGGAUCUCUUGAGAGCUAAGAUGGAUGAUGCUGAGGCCUGUUUCAUUCUGAGCAGCCGUUGUGAAGUGGAUAGGACAUCAUCCGACCACCAAACAAUUUUGAGAGCAUGGGCUGUAAAAGAUUUUGCUCCAAAUUGUCCUCUGUAUGUCCAGAUAUUAAAGCCUGAAAAUAAAUUCCACAUCAAAUUCGCUGAUCAUGUUGUCUGUGAAGAAGAAUUUAAAUACGCCAUGUUAGCUUUAAACUGCAUAUGCCCAGCAACAUCUACCCUUAUUACACUACUGGUUCAUACCUCUAGAGGGCAAGAAGGCCAGCAGUCGCCAGAACAGUGGCAGAAGAUGUAUGGUAGAUGCUCUGGGAAUGAAGUGUACCACAUUGUUUUGGAAGAAAGUACAUUUUUUGCUGAAUAUGAAGGAAAAAGUUUUACAUAUGCCUCUUUCCAUGCACACAAAAAGUUUGGUGUCUGCUUGAUUGGUGUUAGGAGGGAAGAAAAUAAAAAUAUUUUGCUGAAUCCAGGUCCUCGAUACAUUAUGAAUGCUACAGAUAUAUGUUUUUAUAUUAAUAUUACCAAAGAAGAGAAUUCAGCAUUUAAAAACCAAGACCAGCAGAAAAAAAGCAAUGUCUCAAGGUCAUUUUAUCAUGGCCCUUCUAGAUUACCUGUACAUAGCAUAAUUGCCAGCAUGGGUACUGUGGCUAUAGACUUGCAAGACACGAGCUGUAGAUCAGCAAGUGGCCCUACCCUGUCUCUUCCCACAGAGGGAAGCAAAGAAAUCAGAAGACCUAGCAUCGCUCCUGUUUUAGAGGUUGCAGAUACAUCGUCAAUUCAAACCUGUGAUCUUCUAAGUGAUCAAUCAGAAGAUGAAACUACGCCAGAUGAAGAAAUUUCCUCAAACUUAGAAUAUGCUAAAGGCUACCCACCUUACUCUCCAUAUAUAGGAAGUUCACCCACUUUUUGUCAUCUCCUUCAUGAGAAAGUGCCAUUUUGCUGCUUAAGACUAGACAAGAGUUGCCAGCAUAACUACUAUGAGGACGCAAAAGCCUAUGGAUUCAAAAAUAAACUCAUUAUAGUUGCAGCUGAAACAGCUGGAAAUGGAUUGUAUAAUUUUAUUGUUCCUCUCAGGGCAUAUUAUAGACCAAAGAAAGAACUUAAUCCCGUAGUACUGCUAUUGGAUAACCCGCCAGAUAUGCAUUUUCUGGAUGCAAUCUGUUGGUUUCCAAUGGUUUACUACAUGGUGGGCUCUAUUGACAACCUAGAUGAUUUACUCAGGUGUGGAGUGACUUUUGCUGCCAACAUGGUGGUUGUGGACAAGGAGAGCACCAUGAGUGCCGAGGAGGACUACAUGGCAGACGCCAAAACGAUUGUGAACGUGCAGACGCUUUUCAGGUUGUUUUCCAGUCUCAGUAUUAUCACAGAGCUUACUCACCCAGCCAACAUGAGAUUCAUGCAAUUCAGAGCCAAAGACUGUUACUCUCUUGCUCUUUCAAAACUGGAAAAGAAAGAACGAGAGAGGGGUUCCAACUUGGCCUUUAUGUUUCGACUGCCUUUUGCAGCUGGAAGAGUGUUUAGCAUCAGCAUGUUGGACACGCUUCUCUAUCAGUCAUUUGUGAAGGAUUAUAUGAUUUCUAUCACCAGACUCCUGUUGGGAUUGGACACCACACCAGGAUCGGGGUUUCUUUGUUCUAUGACAAUCACUGAGGAUGACUUAUGGAUAAGAACUUACGCCAGACUUUAUCAGAAGUUGUGUUCUUCUACUGGAGAUGUUCCCAUUGGGAUCUACAGGACUGAAUCUCAGAAACUUACUACAUCUGAGUCUCGAGAAAUAGCAUCACAAUCUCAAAUAUCUAUCAGUGUGGAAGAAUGGGAAGACACCAAAGAUUCCAAAGAACAAGGUCAUCACCGGAGCAACCACCGGAACUCCACCUCCAGCGACCAGUCAGACCAUCCCUUGCUGCGGAGAAAGAGCAUGCAGUGGGCCCGAAGGCUGAGCAGAAAAGGUCCCAAGCACUCCGGUAAAACCGCUGAGAAAAUCACCCAGCAGCGCCUGAACUUCUUCAGGAGGUCAGAAAGACAAGAGCUUGCUGAACUUGUGAAAAAUAGAAUGAAACACUUGGGGCUUUCUACAGUGGGCCAUGAUGAAAUGAAUGAUCAUCAAAGUACCCUCUCCUACAUCCUGAUUAAUCCGUCUCCAGAUACCAGACUGGAGCUGAAUGAUGUUGUAUACUUAAUCCGACCAGAUCCACUGGCAUACCUUCCAAACAGUGAACCCAGUCGGAAAAACAGCAUCUGCAACGCCGCUGGUCCAGACUCUCGGGAAGAAACUCAGCUUUGAUAAAAGAAAAUAAGAGACUUUUUUUUUCCUACAAGGAUGUUGCUUGGAACAACUCUAAAUCUUAGAGGAAAAAAAUGUUGCUGGAAUGAAAUAAACUAGAUUGGAAUAUA